GACGACCUCUGGACCGAUGGCGCACGCGUGUCAGUUUGGACAUUCACGGCUCUCGUGAGUGGUCUCGUACUGCUGCCUGCAGUGAUCCUCAGCUUCUCAUCGCUGGAUGGUGUCACGGUGCCAAGGUCAUCGCUGCAGUACAGGCCAGGAGGUCCUCUGAGUUUAGUACUGGAUACUCCAAGGGGCUCAGCAGCUAGUACAUAAUGAACGCUGCGAGCUGCGGUCGGAUCCAUAAGUCGAUUUGCGGAGAAUAUUGAAAGUCGAGAGAGGGAGCGACGCGAGACUGCAAGCGAAGAAGAUACUUGACAGAUAUAUUUGGGUGGUCUAGUCGCUUCAUGGAAGAUUGGACUUUGCGAGGUGUGGGUCUACAGGCAUCUCUGUUUGAAGAGGUGGGCGAGGAGGAGGACGAGGAGGAGUCGAACUUGCUCGCAGGGCUUGGUCUUGAAUUCGGUUUUUUUCCUCGUCCUGCGGCGCUGGCAGAAGUCAUCAGGCAAGAUUCGGUUGCGCUUUCAGCUGGACCGGAGAGAGAGCUAGUGCCGAUGAGAGUACACAACUUCCGCCGCCUCUACAGCUGCUGCUCCCACUGACGAGAGAUCGCUGUGACAAAAACGUGAUGAGUGGAUUCACUCCACUGCACUGCACAAUCCGCUGCGCGUAGUAAAUCAAUUGUCUCACACAAUGGGUGUGCACUCUCCGUUCAACGGAGUCUUGCAGGAUAUCAAGUGCCGUCUUCCUUACCUGAAAGAUGACUGGACAAGGGGAUUUCUGUCUACUUACAGAAUCUUCGUGCCAACUACUUACAUUUUCUUCGCCUCACUUUUGCCCGUUAUCGCCUUUGGGGAACAGCUCAGAAGAGAUACAGACGGUGCUAUCACCUCCAAUCAGGCGUUAAUUUCAACUGCUUUGUGUGGGGUGCUUCACUCGCUUAUCGGAGGGCAGCCUUUGAUGAUUGUCGGUUUGUCGGAACCGACAUCAUUAAUGUACAUUUUCAUGUACAGAUAUGCAAAGGGGAAGACAAGCAUGGAUGGAAUGUUCCUGGCCUGGGCAGCAUGGGUAUGUGUAUGGGCAUCAGCAGCUUUGAUGUUGCUGGCCGUGUUUGGAGCUUGCUCUUUGAUCAACAGAUUUACACGUGUCGCUGGAGAACUCUUUGGACUUCUAAUCGCCAUACUAUUUGUCGAACAGGCUGUCAAGGGAGCAGUAGGUGAAUUUCGCUUGCCGCAUAAUGAGAGUUCAUCUCAAGAACAAUAUAGUGUUCCAUGGCUCUUUGGCAACGGGAUGUUUGGACUUGUUCUACUGUUUGGACUUCUCUUCACAGCGCUAUUCACCAGAAGGGCACGAACAUGGUCAUUCGGAACAGGAUGGUUACGUAGCUUGAUUUCCGGUUACGGAGUUCCUCUUAUGGUGCUAGUGUGGACUGGCAUAUCUUACAUACCUGGGGAUUCUGUACCAGAGGGCAUACCUCGUAGAGUUUUGAGUCCUACUCCUUGGGCACGAGGGGCCUUGGAUCACUGGACGAUAAUAAUGGACAUGCACAGAAUACCGGUUAUGUACAUCUUCAUUGCCAUGAUACCUGCUUUCAUGAUCACAGUUCUUUAUUACUUCGAUCAUUGUGUGUCUGCCCAGUUGGCACAACAAGAGGAGUUCAACUUAGUCAAACCACCGGCCUAUCACUAUGAUCUUCUAAUUUUAAGCUUGACGGUUCUCGUAUGUGGCCUACUUGGGCUGCCACCAUCUCAUGGAGUUAUCCCGCAGUCCCCGAUGCAUACAAGAAGUCUUGCUACUCUCCGGCAUCAGCUAAUGUGCAAGAAGUUGAUAAAAGCAGCAGAGGAGAAAAUGCAAAACGAUGCCACAGUUACAGAAGUAUACAGUAGUAUGCAAACUGCUUUUGAGCAAAUGGAUACCAAACUCCCGACAAACGAGUUUGCCCCUAAAGUGACUUUGAAGGAGCUGAAGCCUAAGAUGUGGAGAAAUUCAGUAAAAGCCAUAAAUCCUGAAGAAUACUCGAGCGAUGGUACUUCACCAAAGGCUUCUGUUGAUUCCUUCGAUUUUGAAGCUCCACUCAGCAGACACCACUUUGAUCCAAGCAGGGACGUGGAACAUUUGCUUCCUGUUCAGGUUCAGGAUCAGCGGUUAAGUAACUUGCUGCAAUCUUUGAUGGUUGGAGCUUGUGUUGGUGCCAUGCCCGUCAUUCAAAAGAUACCUACUUCUGUUUUGUGGGGUUACUUUGCUUUCAUGGCUGCCGAAAGCUUGCCUGGGAACCAGUUUUGGCAAAGGAUUACGCUCCUCUUGACAUCUCCUAACCGGCGUUACAGGGUUUUACAGAGCGAACAUGCCUCGUUCCUUGAAACGGUGCCUUUCAGGGUUACCGUCACAUUUACCAUAUUCCAGCUGGUCAUGUUGUUUGCAUGCUUCGGGUUGACAUUUGUGCCAAUUGCGGGAGUAAUGUUUCCCAUUGUAAUUUUGGCACUUAUUCCAAUCAGGCAGUGGUUGCUGCCCAAAAUUUUUACUUUAGAACACCUGCAUCAGCUAGAUGCUGCAGAGUACGAGGAGUCCCCACCAAAACCGUACGAGGAGGCCGUCAGGGAAGCGGAGGUACAAGGCUUAGGAAGAGCUUCAAGCUUGCAGGAAAGAAGCGAUGAUCCAGAGGACAUUAUGGACGAGGUCAUGACCAGAGGCCGAGGUGAAAUCAAGCAUCGGUUAUCUCAUGACAGUUCACCUCGAUCUUCUUUUACAGACGAACUACAACAUUCACUGAACCGCCGGUCUCAGAGAACUCUAGGUGCGAUGUACAGCAUGGGCGACAAAAGCUCGGUUUAGACCAUCACCACAAUUGGAAAAUAGAUCUCUAGGGAUAUUGUUAGCACUUGUAUGGAGACUGCAGUGCAUUAAUUGGAGCUAAGUAACCAUAUUAGGGUAAAGAGAAAGCAGCUGUUGUACACAAAAGAUUGUUCUCGAGCGAAGAUGCAAGAAAUAGGCCGGAACAUGAUGUGCGAAGAAAGCUGUAGUUGAUCAAAACAGGUUAGAGAACAGAGUAUUCUGAACUUUAGUAGCACCUUCAGCAGAAUACAGUUCAUUUAUCUGUACGGUGAAAUUUUCGCUGGUUAUAAAUAAUUUCACGCAG